CAAGCCGACGUGCAUGAAUUUACUUUCGGAUUUGGCCCAAAUAUGCGCCAAGUUCGUUUCGAUGAAGGCUCCUAGCUUAGAAGAGCGCGCUUACAAGGGGUGUCUUGUCGUUCAGCCGGCUCUGCUGGGCACACCGCAAGCAACAUACGCUGUCGGCUGCUUUCUUUUUGAACAAGGUCAAGUGCGACAAGCUGAAUCCACGGAAUUAAAUCUGGAAAAUCCAUCGAGCUUGACGCAACAAGACCAAGAUGACGAUGAAGAAGAACAUGGUUUAAAUGCAGAAGACUUAUUAGCAGUUGUUUCUGCUAGUGCGGAGCAAAGUAUAGCACUUUUUUCUCAAUGGUUGGGAUUCAAUCUUACACCAAAAGUCAACACUACGAAUGUCAAUACCGGCGAAAGCGAAGCAAAUACAAAUCAACGCUCUUCUGCAAAUUCCAAUAUUAGUGCAAAUAGGCAUAGUCGAACUAUACCAUUAUUUUUGGAAAGCGAGGACAAAAGUGAUGAACAAUUCAAGCUUAUUCUUAGUGCUCAAGACAACAUACUGAAAGAGUCAGCUACUAUUGGCGGAUCAUCGACUGGUACUCCGACCGCUUUUCUAUAUUCACAACCAAAUAGCGAUGAAGGUAAUUUACCAGCCCAAACCUCGGCUGUCACCAUUUCACCAGAAAAUCUUGUUAUUGUGCCUCUUGAGUCUCGAAGAGGAGGCCGCGCUUACAAUAUUCACCAACACGUAAAUGAAGUUUGAGAAUUAAAAGCAACCAAUUCAUGUGUAGCGAUUAUAAACAAAUUAUUAUAGCCCUGUACUAGAUCAUCGCGUGUACAGGUACUUCUCGAAGUCUAUUUUUGUAUGUACAUAAAUAGUAACUGCAUCGUCU